UUUCAAUUUUUGUUUAUUUUUUCUGUAAACCAAAGAAUUAUUGUUAAAUUUUGCUAUGUCAUUUUUCCUUAUAUAAAUGUAAAAUUUGAAUUGGUAUUUAAUUUUACUUGUUAAAUUUCUUUUGAUUAUUUGAAUACUUUUUAAAUAUUUAAAUCUCAUUGAUAAUAUAGAAGGGCGGCAAUGGUUCUUAAAGUAAAUAUUUCUUCAUAUUUGGAUCAACAACUGCCAGAAAUUCCAGCAGAAAUUCGUGAAUACCUCACAGAUUUGUUAAAAGAGAAUGAAGAUGACAUUGCCACUGUUGAUGACAUGUGUGAAGCUGUUGGGGAACAUAUUCAGGGAUUUUUAACUGAAAUGAGUGAAGCUGAACUGCAGAAAGUUUGCUUGAAUUUACUUGUUAUUUUACAUGAAGGGAAAGAUAAUAAGCCAAUAGUUAGAGCAUUGGAAGCGAGAAAAUUAGAAAAAACUGUUGAUAUGAGCCUUCAAAGUGAAACUUACAAAUUAAUGGAUGAUUUGUGGAAAGUUACUGCCAAUGAUGUUCCUCUUCAAGCUGAUAAAAGAAAAGGGUUGGCAAAAGGAAAUGAAGAAAAGAAGAAUGAUGCCCCGCAACAAAAGAAACAACAGAGGCCGAAAAUUCUAGCAACUGCCAGUCAAACAUUGAAUAGAGCUGCCAAAUCUGAUAUGGGUGGAUUGGAUUUCAAGCUUGAAAAUGUGGAUAUCUCAUUUGGUAGCAAACAACUUCUUUCUAGCGCAGAACUUUCGAUCGUUUAUGGACGUAGAUAUGGACUUGUUGGGCGAAAUGGAAUUGGAAAAACUACUUUAUUAAAAAUGAUUUCGAGCAAACAACUCAUCAUCCCUUCAAACAUAACUUUUCUGAGUGUGGAACAAGAGGUCGAAGGGGACAAUACUCUAGUAAUUGAUGCUGUACUUGCAUCUGACACAAAACGUGAGAAAUUACUAAAUGAAGAGCGUGAACUUCAGGAACGGAUAAAUUGUUCUGAAACUUCUGAUGAACUGCGCACAGAACUUUCCGCCCGUUUGGAUGCAGUUUAUGCAGAGCAGCAAGCCCUUCAAUUAGAUAAAGCUCCAGCUAGAGCUGCAACAAUAUUAGAAUUUUCUGGUGGUUGGCGAAUGCGUGUAGCGUUAGCAAGAGCAUUGUUUAUUAGACCAGAUUUGUUAUUACUGGAUGAACCGACAAACAUGGAAUGGACUGGUACAAUCUUAACGGUUUCUCACGACAGAAAAUUUCUCAACACUGUUUGUACUGAUAUGAUACAUUUGCAUUCUAAAAGAUUGGAUGCUUAUAAAGGGAAUUAUGACAAUUUUGAAAAGAAGUUAACACAGCAACAAAGAGAUUAUGAAGCACAACAACAGCAUCGACAACAUGUUCAAGAAUUUAUCGAUAAAUUCCGUUAUAAUGCAAAAAGAGCUUCAAUGGUUCAAUCAAGAAUAAAAAUGCUUGAAAAAUUGCCCGUUAUUCACGCUGUCGAGUUUGAGUCAAAUGUUACAUUUCAAUUUCCAGAAUGCGAAAAAUUGGGUAACCCGGUGCUUCAAUUAGAUGAAAUGGCAUUUAGGUAUUCAAAAGAUUCGCCUUACAUCUUUCAGGUUUUCUAUUUGGAUUUAUGUUUUCAUUUUUUUAUUUAG